CUCCCAUGUUGAAUUCCCUGACGUAUAUGGAUUAGCAAAACAUAAUCUAUGUCAUUUGUGGCUAAAACAUGUUGGUACUGAUACUCUACGCCUUCUCUGCCGUCUUUUCCUUGACUCACGGUCUGGAAUGGAACUCAGUGAAAGUGAAGUACACAGCGCUGUUCGACGGUUUCUACUCCAUUCCCUUGACAGUAAACGAUAUUAAGGGCGAGUACGUGUAUCUGGAAACGCACAAGGAGUUCCCUAAGGCUAGCCUCUACUGCUACCCCAACGACCCAAGGGUUUGUCCCAUAUACGACGGCUAUGGCAGGAUUUGUGGGCUGCGUGUGGCAUACGUCAAGAAAGAUCUUGCGGUGAGAGCAAAGGGCAAUCUACCUUACUCAUACAACAAGCCGAUAUUUAAAGAAGGGACCGCUUACGGCAUGGACUUCUACUAUAUAGAUGUUCUCUUCAUAAAACCAGAAGAGCUUCUAGCGAAUGGCGGCCCCGCCUCCAGGACAGAACAGGUGGGAGAUGGAGUCUACAUCAGGAUGGACGGCCAGACGUGGACAGAGAUGCCGCGGAAGGAGAAGGACGCGACUGCCGUUGGCUUUACCAAACAAGCUUGCUUCCUUGGAAUGGGUUUGCAUUACUUUUAUAACAUGACGAAGGGGCUGGACUGUAACUACCACCAACCUCCUUUCUUGCUGUACGAAAAAGGAGAGCUUGCUGGACUGGGCCUUAUUCCCUUCGGGUCUUUUUCCAAAACUAAAAGAGGAUGGUUUGAAGAUCCUCCAAAAUUCGUCAUAAAUACUAUUGUUCCUAACUCGCCGAAAUGCCUGGCUGACUGGGUAGGAAAAUACGGAACUAUAUCUCUGCACAUCUUCUUCAAAAAAAGCCCAAGACUCACGUGCCUGCUGUAAAAAUACGUAAUUGAAAUUUAAUAAAAAUACUAUGUGAAUA